GAAAAUGCAAGAGAUAGCAUCGAGAACGACUGGGGUCAUAAUGAUUGAUGACCCUAAACCCAAUGUUAACUUUAACGAGUUUCUGCUGCAAGCACAAGGGCGACUGAUGUCUGGAUCAAAUAAGGUGGGGAUGACAUCCAUCAAGGCCGCCACGUUAAUAUCGACGAAUUCUCCCGAAGUUUCCCGAUUAGUAGGGAGAGUUAUUAGGUUUAAUUACGUGAGCUGGAACAAGGAACGGAAUGAACAAGCCAAGUUUAACGACAAGCAACUGAAGGUUAUGCGAGAGUUCAUGCAAGAAAACAAGGGUAUUUUGCUUGUCUGGGCAAUUAAAUACCUGGAGUUAUGGGCUGAGGUUUUUGAACAUGCGCGUGAAAUUGUCGAAGAGGUCGUCCAAGCGAUCUUCGAUGAAAACGACCUGAAGGUGCAGGCAAGGUGGUUGUCUGGUAUUGCCGCGGUACUUGUCGCAAAUGCUCUGUUACGUCUCUCGUGUGGUAACCAAGCGAACACCAAAGAUUAUGUAUUGUUUGCAUGCGGCGAGUUAUUAAAGGUGCAGACAGUAAGCAUACGUUCAACAAUGCAAAGGCUAGAAGCUUACAUCAUUGAAAAGAUAGCCGAGGAAAAAGACCGGAUUCUUACAUGGCUGCACCCUAAAGUUACUGUCAACAACAUCGAAGGGAUGAAGGUUCCAGGCAUUGCGCUACUGUCAACUGCUGUCGACAGUUUUGUCGAUAUUUCACAUACAGAAUUCAAAGAAUUGCAAAGUACGCUUGUACGGGAGCCGGGGACAAUAGGGAUAUACUUCGGCAAAGACAGGGAAUGCACCUUGGAGCAAAUGAUUAAAAGGAACACGUUUGCCAGAAAAGAGCGUACCGAAUUCCUCUGGGGAAACUGAUGCCAUUCACGCAACAUAUGAUAGCGUAUGCCAGUGGAAUUCGGGAUGAUGCCCCCAAUGAGAGUGAUAUGGAAGAAAUGAACAAUCCAGCAACAACAAUAUCGGACGAAGGUUGCGAAAGGUUGGACACUCUCGAAAACGAGUUGAGGAUAAAGUUAGAAGCAUUUAAAAAUAGUCAAGUCAUGCAAUAUCGCGAAAAUACAACUACACCUACCGAAAGUGAAGAGGAGCUCGACUUCAGUUUUACAGAGAAACUUACACCGAACACAAAGGCUAGAUAUAACAACCUGACUCCAAGAAAAAGGAAAACAUUUGCUUGGGCCAUUGAAGUCGCGCAAAAAAUAAUAAAGAGACCCGAAAUAGAUCACAAUACAACAGACGUGAGAACUUCCCAAGACAAAAUUCCCGAUUCAACCCCAAUAGCAACUGGCGAUCAAAACGUCUGCGAGCAAGCAAAUGAAAUGCCUGCAAGAGGUGAAUCGCACACCAGAAAGCGAUUAUUUGCAGAAGGUGCUAUUGGCGUUCUUCCUCGGAGCUCUACACGAUCUGAUAAUAAAAGUGUUGGGACAACUGCUGGGACGAGUGGAUUAUCAUGUCCUCCGAAUUCCGGCAAAAUUAAAGUAUACAAAUGGUGUUCAUGCAAAGAGGAAAGAGAUAAAGAAUCGGAGGACAUGAUGCUGAUAUGUGAAACCACAAACAAAAAGAACUGUCCAGGUAAAGGCUACUACCAUCAGGAGUGCCUAGGAAUUGAAAGAGUACCUAAAGGAAAGUGGCUGUGCGACUUCUGCAAACAGAAAUCUAAAAAAUAAUUUAAUUGAAAACAUUAAAGAACGAAUAAACCGUCCAGUUGCUUGCUAAAGAUAUGAAAAGUUAUGAAAACU